AAAUGAUCUUCUUCGUUGAUUUCAGUCAUGAACAUAAUGCGCAUACAGCCCUACUGUCCCUGUUACAUAUUCAGGCAACAAUUUUUAGCUGACGCCUCUUGAGUUAUUCAAAAUUUGAAAACUCUCCGGCCACGUAGGCGCUAUUGAUUUCAACUAAAUUAAUCCACAAAGCUGUGACCCAAAAUCAUUUGAAUAAACAGAAAAAUCGUUUAAAUAACUGUAAACAUUCAGCAACACUCAAACAUUUUGGGAAGAAAUCUGAAUAAAGACAAAGCAUUUAACUUCGGAUUUGAGUAGCCUACACUCAGUGCAAUGAAGAUGAAAACGUGUUUUAUCCAGGCGUUUGUUUUGGCAAUGCUGGCGACCGUAGUAGUUUCGUCUAGCGGUAGUAGCAGCAGCAAAGAGAAAAGCGAGGGUGAAAAAUGUGGAGAAGUGAAAAAGAAUGGUGACUUUAAAGCGAAGGGUAUAUGUGAAGAAGGUACAAAAUGCAUGUGUCCAGAAGAACCAAACUGCAGCCGAAAGGUUAAGUGCUACUGUAAAGCAUUAACAACAAUGGCCCCGUUUACAAUACCAACUGAAGCCCCAACAAUGGCUUCGAAUACAACGCCAACGGAAGCCCCAACAAUGGCUUCGAAUACAACGCUAACGGAAGCCCCAACAAUGGCUUCGAAUACAACGCCAACGGAAGCCCCAACAAUGGCUUCGAAUACAACGCUAACGGAAGCCCCAACAAUGGCUUCGAAUACAACGCCAACGGAAGCCCCAACAAUGGCUCCGUAUACAACGACAAAAUACGAAAAGUCUAGCGGUAGUAGCAGCAGCAAAGAGAAAAGCGAGGGUGAAAAAUGUGGAGAAGUGAAAAAGAAUGGUGACUUUAAAGCGAAGGGUGUAUGUGAAGAAGGUACAGAAUGCCUGUGUCCAGAAGAUCCAAACUGCAGCGGAAAGGUUAAGUGCUACUGUAAAGCAGUUACAACAAUGGGUCCGUAUACAACGCCAACGGAAGCCCCAACAAUGGCUUCGAAUACAACGGGAAAAAAGCUUUUCAAAUAG